AUGAUUGACAUUGCACCAAGACACGGUGAUCAUCACUUUAUAAACAUCAAAUAUGGGUACAUAGUACUUGGGGCAUCUGCCGUGCUAGUUUUAUAUCUCCUACUUUUCAAAUUCAUCUAUAUUCAACAAUGGAAGCGCAACGGAGUUCAUAAUAAAACAUUAACGUAUCUACAACACCCCCCAACGUGGUUUCUCAUGUUGAUUUGGAGUGUUGUGGCUGUUUUCCUAUUACAACACAAGAUCCACUCGAUCUCCGCCGAGUACGUUACCAUUGCCAAAAGGUCAGGUCGAAUAGCCUAUAGUUUAAUCCCCUUCAAUAUUUUCCUAAUUCUACGCUUCACAAAUUCACCCAAUCUAAACCCAGGUUACUAUUUACAAAACUUGAACCUUCACAAAUGGCUAUCGAGGCUCAUAUUUGUGCUUUCGGCCCUACAUGGGUUGAGCUUUGGUAUCAAAUGGAUAGUUGAAGGAUCAGGUUCCAAAUUUCUCAACUUUUGGAAUUUCUUGGGCAUCGUUGUGCUAGUUCCCUUUGUUGCACUCAUUGUGGUGUCUAUUAGAUACAUGAGACGCAAGUCUUACCGCAUGUUUUAUAUUGUCCAUAACAUAACGUCCUGGUCCAUGGUAUUUUUGAUCACGUUACAUGCCAGACCCGGUAUCUGGCCAAUUGCAACACUUGCAAUCGUCUUGUUGGCAUUCCAAAUGUAUUUGAGAUUUGCUGCCUAUAACGUCAAUUCAACCAAAGUAAUUGAUGUACCAUCUUCAUCUUUGCAAAUUGUUAAAAUACCACUUCCCUUAAAUUUCCCCGUUUGGUCACCGGCAAGUCACAUUAGGAUCAACUAUUCAUUUCUGGAUAUACGAUGUUGGUUGAUGGCUACUCAUCCAUUCACAAUCGCCUGCAUUUAUGAAGAUUCACCAACUUCGCUAGUAUUGGUCAAGAAAAAGACUCUGUUGAACUUUGACCCACAAGUUUCUUAUUUGGUGACAGGUCCAUACUGCUCAUUACCACAACCAUUACUCAACACAGCUCAAGUAGUGAGUAUUCUUUGUGGUGGGUCAGGACUCUCCUUUGGAUUACCGAUUCAUCAGUACUUGAAAGCAACAAAUCCAUCUGUGGUUGUGAAUUUGAUUUGGUGUAUUCUGAAAAGAGAUGAUUUGUUUAUUUGCAACCACUUGGAUCUAUCCAAAGUGCAAGUUUACGUUACCGGCAUUGGUAAUCAAGAAUCUGUUACUGAACAACCGACGCCCGAUUUUGUAGUGGGGGGAGAAGAGGAUGAAGUGGAGAACCAUGGUCUACUAAAAGAUAACAUCGAGUUACAGCCUAUAGUUCCCAAUCCAGUUAAUCCUGACAAAAUCAACGAGGGGAAAUCAAAAGAUGAUGUUGAUGAGGAUUCAGUAACCAAUGGUGGACGCUAUAGAUUAGGGAGACCCAAAUUGGAUGAGAUUUUCGCCAUUAAUAAUCCAACAUUCACAUUCGACCCCAGUACUGCUUGGAUCAUCGCUUGCGGUCCAGAUGGGUUGAUAAAUGAUUCACGAAAAUGGGCCACAGAGCACAGCUACCAAUUCUUUAGUGAGAAAUACGAGAUGUAG